AUGAGCCCCCAGUCGUGGCUCGUAACGGGCGCCUCGUCAGGCCUGGGCACUGCUAUCGCCGAGGUGGCACUGCGUGCUGGAAACCGAGUGAUCGCAACAGCACGCAACCCCGCGAAAGCAGCCAAAGAGAACCCGCAGAUCGAGGAACUCGGAGGCACAUGGCUUGAGCUUGACGUGACAAAUACAGAAACACCGAAGAGAGUGGAAGAAGCCAUCCGACAAUCCGGCGGUGCGAUUGACGUGGUUGUGAACAAUGCGGGGUACUCGCUACUGGGCAGCAUCGAAGACAUGAGCGAAGCUGAGAUUGAGAAUCAAUUCAGCACAAAUGUCUUCGGCCCUGUCCGAGUACUGAAGGGCGUGCUUCCGUUUCUGCGAGCACAGCGAUCGGGGACGAUUGUGAACGUUAGCAGUAUUGCUGGUGUGGACGGGUUGCCUUCCUGUGCGAUGUAUGCGGGGUCCAAGUUUGCUCUAGAGGGCAUGUCCGAAAGUCUUUCACGAGAGCUGGCACCCUUCGGGAUCCGAGUCAUUAUUGUCGAACCAGGUCAAUUCCGAACAAACUUCCUGUCGGCUUUCGUGGAGCCUGCCGCUGGACUGAACCCGGACUACGUCGGGACUCCCCUCGAGGCCUCUCUCAACCUGUUUAGAACGCACGGUGGAAAGCAGCGAGGCGACCCUCUGAAGGCUGCCCAGCGGGUUCUGGAAGUUGUGACGAGCACCGGACUAGGCGCCAGCAUGGAGAAUCUGCUUCGACUGCCGCUUGGUCCUGAUUGCUAUCAGCGCUUCCAGGCCAAGGCCGAUGCUGUUCAGGAGAAUCUGGCCCAAGCGAAGGAGAUUGCACACUCCACAAACUUCUGA